AUGAAUCCAUCUGUAGUAGUACUAUAUUGGUGCACGCUUACGCUUUUGUUACUCCAUGCAGUAACGUCGGAUUUCGGGCUCCCCUCCACCCUGGUGGACGGCCCACAAACGCCGUUUUCCGUGCCCCAAGACGGCGCCCGAACGGAGAGAGGAGAGCAAGAAGCGGUGUACGACAUCAUGAGAGCCACCGGAAACCACUGGGCCACCGACAUCCCCGACGUGUGCCGCGGGCGCUGGCACGGCAUCGAAUGCAUGCCCGACAAGGACAACGUUUUCCACGUUGUCUCCCUCUCCUUCGGGGAACUCUCCGAAGACACCGCUUUUCCCACGUGCGACCCCACUCGCUCCUUUCUUUCACCCUCCAUCACCAACCUCCCUCAUCUCAAAACCUUGUUCUUUUACCGUUGUUUCACUUACAACCCUCACCCCAUCCCACCCUUCUUGGGCCUGUUGGGCUCUUCCUUGCAAACUUUAGUCCUCAGAGAAAACGCCCAUGUUGGGCCUAUCCCUGUGGAGUUGGGUAACCUCACCCGCUUGAGAAUCCUCGACCUUCAUAAAAACAAUCUCAACGGAUCUAUCCCUCUCUCAUUGGGCCAGAUCACCGGGUUAAAAUCGUUGGAUUUGAGCGGUAACAAACUAACCGGUUCUAUACCCGGUUUAGCUUUCCCCUCUUUAAACGUAUUGGACCUCAGCCAGAAUCUUCUCAUGGGCCCAAUUCCCUCCACGCUUUGUGACUCCCGCUUCCUCAUUAAAUUGGACUUCAGUCGUAACCGCCUUGUGGGCCCCUUGCCGGGGAAACUCACGGCCCUCAAGGAACUUGUGCUUUUGGAUUUGAGCUACAAUCGAAUCCAGGGCCCGUUUCCGGUUUCUCUCAGGAGCUUGGUUUCUCUUCAGGCCUUGAUUCUGAAAGGAAACCCAAUGGGCUCAAAGAUUAUAGAUGGGUUUGACGGUAUGAAGGCCCUAAUGAUCGUGAUUUUGUCGAACAUGAAUUUGCACGGGCCGUUGCCAGAAUCACUGGGCCGGUUAGCGAACCUUCGCGUGGUUCAUCUGGACGGGAACCACUUGAAUGGGUCGAUUCCGAAGAGUUUUAGGGAUUUGAGAAACCUGAGUGAACUGAGGCUGAAUGAUAAUGGGCUUAGUGGGGUGGUGCCGUUUGACAGAGAAAUGGUUUGGAGGAUGAAAAGGAAGCUGAGGCUGAAUAAUAACUCUGGGCUUUGUUAUGAUUAUGAUGCGUUUGGGGAUAGCGUGGAUUCCACGUUUGAUUUGGGUAUCAGUUUGUGCGAAACUUCUUCGAGUCCAGGGUCGGUUAGGACAGUGCAACAUGUUUCAGCUACGGAAAAGUCUAUGCCAACAAUCACACAUGUCACAUCAGAUGCUGUCCAAGCACUUACAACGUCACUCGGAGUAGCUACUUUUGUUCUGUUUACUAUGAUUUUGUUGUGAUUGUGAGUAAGUAUAUAACUAAAUAUUCAUAUUCAUAGUAAAAGAAUCCGAGGACGCCCUUGUCAGCAGCCAGCACUAAAGAAGAAAAAAUUGUUAGUACAUCUACAGUCUCGUAAAUAGAUUCGGCGUUCUUUAUUUUAUUGUCUUUCAGUUGUCGAAUAUGAAAACAUUAUAACAAGUAGGGCUGAGCAUUAAACCGACACCCGAAUCGAACCCGAAA